CACUGCGCGUCGCCGUCGCACAGAGCUGGCGUCAGACGUACACCCGCAAGGUGCGACGGGGCAGUGACGCGAGCUAUCUGGCCUUUCGCCCUCCAUCCUUGGCUAAGGAAAUGACCAACCAGUACAGUAUACUCUUCAAACAAGAGCAAGCCCAUGAUGAUGCCAUUUGGUCAGUUGCCUGGGGGACAAACAAGAAGGAAAACUCCGAGACAGUGGUCACGGGAUCCCUGGAUGACCUGGUGAAGGUGUGGAAAUGGUGCGACGAGCGGCUGGACCUACAGUGGAGUCUGGAGGGCCACCAGCUGGGCGUGGUGUCCGUGGACAUCAGCCACAGCCUGCCCAUCGCGGCGUCCAGCUCCCUGGACGCUCACAUCCGUCUGUGGGACCUGGACAACGGCAAGCAGAUCAAGUCUAUAGAUGCAGGGCCUGUGGAUGCCUGGACUUUGGCCUUUUCUCCUGAUUCCCAGUAUUUGGCCACAGGAACUCAUGUGGGGAAAGUGAACAUUUUUGGUGUGGAAAGUGGGAAAAAGGAAUAUUCUCUGGACACGCGAGGAAAAUUCAUUCUCAGUAUUGCAUACAGUCCUGACGGGAAGUACCUGGCCAGCGGAGCCAUAGACGGAAUCAUCAAUAUUUUUGACAUUGCGACUGGGAAGCUUCUGCACACGCUGGAAGGCCACGCUAUGCCCAUUCGCUCCCUGACCUUCUCCCCGGAUUCGCAGCUGCUCGUCACAGCUUCAGAUGACGGCUACAUCAAGAUCUAUGACGUGCAACACGCCAACCUGGCUGGCACGCUGAGCGGCCACGCAUCCUGGGUGCUGAACGUGGCAUUUUGUCCUGACGACACUCACUUCGUUUCCAGGUCUUGCUCCGUGGGUUGCCAGCACCGUCUGACCACUGGGCCACACGUUCCUACUGCUCGGACACAGACGUCUGUGCAGCGGGUUCCUGCGCAGUCUGCGGUGCGGAGGCUGGGCCCGUGUUGGCCCUGUGCAGGCCAGAACCCCUGGGGCAGCCGCUCCUGAGUGCCACGCUGGUGCCUGGGGCACUUUUCUGGCUGCAGUCUGGCCACGCUGGCUUAGGCAGACCUUCCUCCUGAGGACCUUCCGUUGCUUAAACACAGACAUCCCUUGUCAUCUUGGGAGCUGGCCAGGGAAAUUAUGUGAUUUUUAUUUUUUUAUUUUUGUUUUUAUCAUUGAAUACAGAAAUUCUUACAGAUUGUUUAGCUUUUGUGAUCUUGGUAACUUUUGUUUGGGUCUUUAGAUUAGGAAAGGAGACUCUGUUGUCACAGGAGACCACCUUUGCCAACGUAACUGCACAGAGCCCCUGGGCGUCGGGAGGAAAUGCAGGGGUCAUUCAGUAGUCGGGGAGGGACAGCUCCUGCUGAAGCCGGUGCCACUGUGUCGGCCACUUGGAGUAGCAGCAAGAGUCUCGGGGACGAGUCACCAUCAAAAUGAGUGCCUGUGGCAGUCAGUGCAGAGUUGGCUUUUACUGUAUUUUAAGUGUUUUUAUUCUUUCCCCUCUUCUUCUGUCUUCACCCCCCCCCCACGCUCUGGUUCAAGCCGUUGUUUCUCAGUCUAGUUGUGUAGGACGCAGCUCCCUGGCCCAUGCUGGUGUUAGGAGUCUUGCGCUCCCCCGGUUAAGGCAGUCGGUCGCCGUCAUCGGUGGGUCGCUCACGGCAGCUGUCGCCGGCUGCCGGCCGUUCACACUGGCUG